UUCUUCCUGUGCGCACGCGCCGCCCGACGCUUCCAGUGAAACCGGGUUGGGCCGUCCUGAGGUUGCGGUGCAUGUUGGGAUAUUGGGGGGUCGACCGCUUUUUCCUCUCUGGGGGGUCUGGGCAGAGGCUGCAGCUGCAGAGAUGGACGUCUUUCUAAUGAUCCGAUGUCACAAGACGACCAUUUUCACAGACGCCAAGGAAUCUAGUACGGUGUAUGAGCUGAAAAGAAUCGUGGAGGGGAUCCUAAAGAGACCCCCAGAAGACCAGAGGCUAUACAAGGAUGACCAGUUGCUGGAUGACAGCAAAACCCUCGGAGACUGCGGCUUCACCAGUCAGACAGCGCGACCCCAAGCUCCUGCUACAGUCGGCUUGGCCUUCAAGAUCAGCGAUGAUACCUUUGAGCCCCUCCGCAUCGAACCCUUCUCCAGCCCUCCAGAGCUCCCUGACGUGAUGAAACCCCAGGACUCCAGCAGCAGUGCGAAUGAGCAAGCAGUGCAAUGAGAGAACCCGGGAGGCGGAGUGAGCUGCACGUCCCAUGUCACCCCUCUCCUCCCUUGCCCUUCCUGAAGCCUCUAGGGCAGAGAGUCAUGGCGCUGCCCCUUCCCCUCCAGCCCAGGCCCCUCCCCUUCUACUCCACCCCCUCUAAGCAAGAUUACAUGCCCCCCCAUUCAGAACAUCUCCUCAUUCAUCCAACAGAGCUAUGUUUUGGUUUUGGAAACAAUAAAAGUUCAGCUGGAUUUUUCCCCCCCUCCCUUUUGUCUU